CUGUUUGUGUGUACGGAGUGAGCCCUCUUCCCUAUGUGCUCAUCAUUCAGCUCUGGGCUCUGAGGCGAGUCACUCAUGAACCGAGUCCGUACCUCUGUCUAGGCAAUAAAACGGCUAUUACAGAAGACAUACCUUAGACAGAAUGGUCAGAGCAAGUGGCGUUUUUAAGUUUGCAACGAUACUGUUCGUUUUCAUCGUAGCGAUCUUUCUGACAUUUCAGCUGUUAGAUAUUAAUUUGGAUUUAAAACUCCAUGACAUAUUUGCAAGGUCUACCUCAAAUGAAGGCAGUGAGUAUUUUAAAUCGAUUAAACCUGUUAAGAUCAAGUGUGGCUUGGUCCGUGAGUGUCCCACCGGUCACUUUGCAUUUAAGAUGGCAAGUGGAGCCGCCAGUGUCGUGGGGCCAAGGAUCUGUCUAGAAGACAAGAUAUUGAUGAGUAGUGUUAAGAACAAUGUAGGGAGAGGAAUCAACAUCGCCCUGGUGAACGGAAAAACAGGGGAACUUUUGAAGACUGCUUACUUCGACAUGUGGGGAGGGGAUGUUGCACCCUUAAUUAAAUUCUUGAAGGAGAUUGAAGAUGGCACUGUGGUGCUGAUGGCCUCAUUUGAUGACCCUGCAACAAAACUGAAUGAUGAAGCACGAAAACUCAUUGCAGACCUGGGCAGUUCGAUAAUCUCACAAUUAGGUUUCAGAGAUAACUGGGUCUUUGUGGGUGGUAAAGGAAUCAAAACCAAAAGCCCAUUUGAGCAGCAUAUAAAGAACAGUGCAGACACCAACAAAUUUGAUGGAUGGCCUGAGGUUUUGGAGAUGGAGGGCUGCAUUCCCCAGAGGAUUUAGUCUGAAAGGCUGAGGCACUGUCCCAAUGCUGUGGCCUUGUUUGAGUAACUGCUCUCUUCAAAACAUAAGCAUAAGAGGACUGUUUUAAAGGGACUUACUGAUGUUCUCAUAGUGGUACCUGUUCAGUGGAAGACCUACUUAAUUUGCACUGUUGUUGAUGGAAAAAGGUGUUUCAUAUCUGAUAUGUUGCUUGUCCUCUUAAGGUUUUAAGCAUUUUUAACCCUUUGAAGCCUUAAACCAGCAUUGUAUGAGGGACCUAUUUUUUCCAUUCUUUUGUGUUUGGUUUGUAACUUAAUUUUUGGGAUUGAGACUUUAAUUUUACAGAUAUAUCAAAAUUACUAUAAUAUUUGUAAAUAUGUGUAUUCAAGAAAUGAAUUAUUUCAGAAAUAGAGUAUAUAAACUACAUUUUGUUCUGUUAUCUUUUAAUAAAAUAAACAUGUGACUCUUAA